ACUCACUUGUUCGACACCAACCCGCCAUGGAGCGACUGAAGCUGCUCGCAUUCAGCGGAGCUCUGCUGACCCAGGGUGCGGUGCAGGAGCCGGACGAGGGGUGGCCGCCGGAGGGCCACCACAUCGAGCUCUUCGAUGACCUGGGGGACCUCUCCUUCCCGAUCAACGCCACAGCGCCGGCGCAGAGGUACUUCGACCAGGGCUUCCGCCUCAUUGCCGCCUUCGACUUCCGCCGCGCCGUGCUGUCCUUCCGCGCGGCCCAGCGCGCGGACCCGAACUGCGCCAUGUGCGUCUGGGGCGAGGCCUUCGCCCUGGGCCCCAACCUGAACUCCUUCGACGAGCCCCGGCUCUUGGCCUCGCUGCCCUCGGCCUUCGCCGCGGCCGAGCGCGCCCGGCGCCGCCUCCCCGACGGCGCCGGGGUUGGGGGGCUGGAGGGACGCCUGGCGCGGGCGCUGCGGGCGCGGUACGCGGCCACGGCGGCGCAGCACGUGGCGGAGGAGGGGCGGCUGACGCAAAGCUUCGCGCGGGAGAUGGAGGAAGUGCUUAAAGAGGCGAGUGCCAUGCCGGAGCACUACGCCAACCUGGCGGCCCUCACGGCGGACGCCUGGAUGAACACGCAGCCCUGGGACUACUGGCGCUCCGGCCAGCUGCGGCCGGCGGCGCGGCGCGCGGAGCAGCUCCUGCGCGGGGCCUUGGCGAAAGCACCGCGCCACGCCUUCUGCGUGCACCUGCUGGUGCACGUCACUGAGGCCAGCGGAAAUUUGACGUUGCUGAAGGAGGUGAGGCCCUACGCAGAGCUCCUGCCGCGGCUUAUGCCGGGGGCACCCCACCUGCAGCACAUGAGCUUCCACACGCUGAUGCACACCGGGGGCUUCCACGUGGCGGACCUGGACAACGAGAUGGCCUCCUCCAUGCCCAGGCAGAUCUACCCCAUGCACAACCUGGACACGCUCUCCUGGGUCUGCCGCAUCCAGGGCCGAGCCGCCUGCGCGCUGGAGGCCGCCCAGUCCUUGGAGCACCUGGCGCUGCCCUUGGUGGGCACGGACACCUUCGAGACGGGCUUCCCGGCAGCGCGCUUCGCGGCGGUGCGGCCGCUGACGCUGCUGGCCUUUGGGAGGUGGAGGGAGCUGUAUGGGGAGGCAGCGAUGCCCAAGGAGUGCCAAGUAGAUCCCUUCCUGGCAGGGGUGUGGCACUUCGCCCUGGGCUCCGCGAACUUGGAGCUGCGGCAGCUGGAGCUGCUCAGGGAGAAGAGGGCGUUGGUGGCGAAGCGGGUGAAAGCGCCCACGGGCCUGGCCUGGAAGAACUUCAACGGCAGCAAGGACUGGGCCAUGCACCCGGCGCCACAGAUCCUGGAGCUCGCGGAGUGGGAGCUCAGCGCGCGCCUGGCGGAGGGGACCUCGAACCGGAGCCUCGAGGCUUGGCGCCAGGCGGCGCGCGUGGAGGCGGCGCUGCCCUACGAUGAGCCCCCGGCCUGGUACCUACCCGUGGCCAACCGUUUGGGUGCUGCUUUGCUGCACCACGGUCACAGCGCUGAGGCCGAGGAGGUGUACUCCACAAGCUUGAGCCAGCUGCCCCACAACGGCUGGGCGCUCUUCGGCCUUCUGCAGCUCUGCGAGCGCGGCGCGGGCGGCGGCGGCGGAAGCUGCGGGGUGCCGCGGCGCCGCUUCGAGGCGGCGUGGCGCCAUGCGGACGUGACCCUGGCGAGCUCGGCAGAGGUGCAGCCGACGCGAGUGGUGGGCUUUGGCUCCGUGGGCCGUUUCGCCUGGCUUUUGCCAGCGGCUUUGUGGGCGCCGCUGCUGGCGGCAACCUGCCGCCGCCCGGCGGCGGGCUGCUACCAGCGCCUGGAGGGGUGAUGCCUGGCGGACGAGGACGCGCGGAUGAGGACGCGCGCCUCGUCGACGCAGUUGCAGCGCAACUGCUAUGCAGCUGCGCUCUGGUAGGCGCUGUUGUUUAAAUGCAGUCGCUUAUCGCGGCGGUUUCGCCGCGGUGGUUAUCAGUUGCUUGACGUAACUGCCACAUCUUGUCUCAACUGAGCGCGCGGCUGUAGGGCCCUGAGCGCCUCGCGUGCAAGUGGCGCACAAGUCGCCUGUGAAUGCACAAAGUGUUUUAAGAUUCUCGCACAGGUGCAAUGGUAGUGGAGGGCAGCGCAGUUGUGACCAGAGGCAGCGCUGGUGGUUGGCCAGCC